AUGAGUUCAGGUUUUUCUCCUCCCUAAAAAUGGAUAGUAAUACAGAUGGCCAACCUUAUUUGAGAGGCCAUGACUGCAAUGUUACAAUAGACAAAGCAGGUGCUACAUCAUAUGAAUGCAUCAAUGGGCAAAAUCACCUAUUGCCGAUAGCCAAUGUGGGACGAAUUAUGAAGCAAGCGCUGCCAAACAAUGCAAGGAUAUCCAAACCAGCAAAAGAAACUAUGCAGGAAUGUGCGUCCGAGUUCAUCAGCUUUGUCACCGAGGAAGCCACUGAACAAUGCCGCAAGGAGAAGCGCAAGACUAUCAAUGGGGAUGAUAUUUGUUCUGCUAUGAAGACACUUGGCCUUGAUGAGUAUGCUGAUGCCAUGAAAAGAUAUUUGUGUAGAUACAGAGAGCAUGAAGAGAAGGCCACCUCUAUGAAGCGCAAUAAGCCAGCUCAGAUUAAUGUUAGAAAUGAAUUGCCAGUCUUUAGAAGCAAUCAGUAUAGAGACCGAUCGCCUUCCAAGAGUCCUUGCAAUGUAGCAAAGGAAAAGAAAUUUCUCUGAAAGCAAAUUUGGGAAUUUGCCUGAAUAUUUAAACUGCAUAAUAUCUAUGAUAUGUUCUUUUUUUUUGGUUGGGAGGUGGGGUGGGUUGCGGCGGUGGAGUCGUCUGGCUUGUCUACUGCUGAUCUUUAUGUACUACCUUGUGCUAUUUAUCUGCAUUUCCAGUAUUCUGCAUUGGAACCUUGUCUUAUAAAUGGUCCCCAGUGUUUGAAAAUAUCAAUCUCUCUAUUCUGGAAUGAAGCUCUUCUAUCAUUUUAUGUA